AUGGCAGUCGAAGACCUUGGCGACACCGUCGAAUUGACGUUCCCCUCCUCUCCGAAAACAAGGGUGACGAUCCUCAAGUACGGAGCCACCGUUAUCUCCUGGAAGGUGGCCGACGUGGAGCAGUUGUGGCUAUCGGAAGGCGCCAAGCUAGACGGGUCGAAGCCCGUGCGUGGCGGCAUCCCGCUCGUGUUCCCAGUGUUCGGCAAGUCUGCCGAAGAAGGUUUCCAGGCGUUGCCCCAGCACGGGUUUGCACGUAACUCGACGUGGGAGUUCCUCGGACAGACCACCGAGAACCCGCCAACGGUGCAGUUCGCCUUGAGCCCCGCAGAGGCCAACCCAGAGGUGUACUCGAAGUGGGGCAAGGGAGACAACGACUUCACGUUGUUUUUGACCAUCACCUUGAACGAUGACAACUUGACCACCAAGAUCGAGGUGUCCAACUCCGACUCCAAGCCGUGGACUUUCAACUGGUUGUUCCACACCUACUUGAAGGUCAACGAGAUCGAAGACACGUUGGUGAACAACUUGCCUGGCGAGGAGUGCUACGACCAGCUCAUUGCUGAGACCUACGAAGAAAAGUCUCCUGCCAUCGACUUCACCCAGGAGUUGGACAGAAUAUACAGGAACGUUUCCACAGACAAGGUUGUCCAAGUGAUUGAGCUCGGCAAGGUCGUCCACAACGUGAAGAGGGUCAACUUGCCAGACCUUGUGGUUUGGAACCCUUGGGUCGAAAAGUCCAAGGGAAUGGCCGACUUCGAGCCAAAGUCGGGCUAUCACAAGAUGGUCUGCAUCGAGCCGGGCCAUGUGCACGACUUUGUCGAGUUGAAGCCCGGCGAGUCCUGGACCGCCGAACAGAUCAUCUACAAGGGCGAUGCCAUCAAGUUGCAAUCUAUCUAA